AUGGCAUCCAAUGAGAGUUCUAAUCGGAAAAGAAGGAGGAAGAGCAGCAUGGAGGAGCCCCCUUAUUUGUCAGACGAUGCAGAGUUUAGAGUCCUUCUCUUUGGGAGAGGUGGCCGCAGUCAAUUUUCUCUGGCAAACUCCAUUCUGGGGACAGUUGUGUUCGCGGAUGAGCUCUGCAACAUUACAGAGAGUCAGAGACACAGGAGUGAGGCGUUCGAGAGAAAACUAGCUGUGAUCAACACUCCAAACCUCUCUGAGUAUGAGGCAUCCCAGAAAGAGCUGAGAAGAGUGUUCAAGAUGUCUGUGUGUAUGUCCUCUCCUGGUCCCUACGUCGUUCUCUUUGCAUUCGACCUGAACAACAUCUCACCAAGUGCAGUAAGCAUCCUGGAACUGGUCACAAAGCAUUUUGGGGACAGCAUCUUGAACCACAUGAUGGUGGUGGUGUGCCAUGAGGAGGAGAAGGAGGAUUCAGCUCUAGAGGAGAAAGUCAAGACUAACAGAGACUUCAGGGAGCUCAUUGAGAAGUGUGGACAAAGGUAUCACCUCUUCAAUGAGAGGAAGGCCCGGAGAGACGAGAAGGUUUCCAGACAGCUCCUGGAGAAGAUGGACGACAUGGUGAGGGAAAACGGAUGCAGAUUCUACUCCAAUCACCAAUAUCAGGAAGCAGAAAAGAGAAUCCAGAAAGAGGAGCGUUUCAUGAUGAAAGGGAGAAAGAAAGAGAUGCUGACAAAGAGGAAGGAGCUGGAGAGCAGGUACACAGGUGAAGGUCUUGAGAAGGAGCUGCUGCAGUUUGAGACGAGGAUAAGAGUAGAGAACCGAGAGAAGGCUGAGAGGAAGAUCUCCGAGGUACUGGGAUUUACUCUCACAGCAGUUGACUAUGCUGCUGCAGUAGGUAAAGGGGCAGCUCUCGGGGCUUUAUGUGGAGCGGUCAUGGGGUUUGAGGGUAUGGCGGUGGGAGCCGCUGUAGGUGCCGUCGUCGGGGGUGUCAUGGGAGGUGCUGCCAGAGCGGCAUGGGGUUACCUCACAAACGCUGCUGCAGUAGGUAAAGGGGCAGCUCUCGGGGCUUUAUGUGGAGCGGUCAUGGGGUUUGAGGGUAUGGCGGUGGGAGCCGCUGUAGGUGCUGUCGUCGGGGGUGUCAUGGGAGGUGCUGCCAGAGCGGCAUGGGGUUACCUCACAAACGCUGCUGCAGUAGGUAAAGGGGCAGCUCUCGGGGCUUUAUGUGGAGCGGUCAUGGGGUUUGAGGGUAUGGCGGUGGGAGCCGCUGUAGGUGCUGUCGUCGGGGGUGUCAUGGGAGGUGCUGCCAGAGCGGCAUGGGGUUACCUCACAAACGCUGCUGCAGUAGGUAAAGGGGCAGCUCUCAGGGCUUUAUGUGGAGCGGUCAUGGGGUUUGAGGGUAUGGCGGUGGGAGCCGCUGUGCCGUCGUCGGGGGUGUCGUCGUCGGGGGUGCCGUCGUCGGGGGUGUCAUGGGAGGUGCUGCCAGAGCGGCAUGGGGUUACCUCACAAACGCUGCUGCAGUAG